GACGCAGUUUGUGUGGAUGUGUGGCUGUCAUGGAUGAAGUUGGAUCACUGGCUCUUCGUCGCGGUGGUUCAGCGGGGCUCUCUGCCGUGCAGUCCGACACCAUAGCUGGCCUGACCGAGCUGGAUGAUCUGGAGCGAGUAUAUGCGCAACUAUGUGCCGAAGAGACGGAAGUAAUGGUGAAGUUGGACGCUCUUAUGGGACAACAGAGCAAUAUAGAAACAAAGAUGCUCGACCUGCAGCGGAUGGGUCCCAAUCUGCAGCUGAUCGAGGGGGAUGCUGUGCAGCUUUCUGGCAUGAUCAACUUUACCUGCAGCCUGGCAGAGAACGUCAGUAGUAAAGUCAGACAACUGGAUCUCACCAAGAAAAGGCUGUAUCAAGCAAUUCAGCGAGCUGAUGACAUUCUUGACCUAAAGUUCUGCACCGAUGGUGUUCAGACCGCCAUGCGUAACCAAGACUAUGAGCAGGCUGCUGCUCACAUUCAUCGCUAUCUUUCUCUUGAUCAGUCAGUGAUUGAGCUCAGCAAGCAAGGAGGAGAAGGCAGUGCAGUUGAAGCCAGUCUUGCAUUGCUUCAGGAAGCAGAGCAUAAUCUGAAGGCGCUGGUUACCAAGCGACUCGAGGAGGCAGUUGCAACAAACGAUCUGCCCCAAGUGGAGCGCUUUUUCAAGAUCCUCCCUUUACUGGGACUCCACGAACAGGGACUUGCACAGUUUGCUCAAUAUCUGUGUAGUCAAUUGGCGAGUAAGGCAGAGGAAAACUUGCUCCUGGCUCUUGGCUCUGAUGUUGGCGAGCGCAGAGCUCCAGUCAUUUUUGCUGACACCCUCACACUACUGCUUGAAGGUAUUGCACGCAUUGUAGAAACCCAUCAGCCUAUAGUGGAAACGUACUAUGGACCGGGCCGACUACACACACUCCUCGCACACCUUCAGAAAGAGUGUGAUAAACAGGCGCAGCAAAUUGUGGACAAAUUCAUUAAACAGAGAGAUUACUACAAUAAGUUUCAGGUUGUCCAGAGCAGCAUGAUGAGGGGCAUGUCUACAGAAAAGAUUGAACCCAGGGAUCUGGAUCCUGUGUUAUGUGAGGUUACGUUAAUGAACUCAAGAGCAGAGCUGUACUUCAGAUUUCUGAGGCGGCGUAUCGUAGCUGACUUUGAGGUUGCAGAUGCAAUGGCAGAUGAAGCGGUUAUUCAAGAACAUCAGCAGAGUCUAGAACAGUUACUGAAGGAUUGCCAGCUGAGUCGUACUAUGCAGGAGCUGAUCGGCUAUUACAUUCCUAUGGAGGAGUAUUACAUGAGAGAGUCUGUAAACAAGGCAGUUGCCAUGGACACAGCGGAGGUCGGUCAGCUGAGCUCCAGUAUGGUGGAUGAUGUGUUUUACAUUGUGAAGAAAUGUAUUAGCAGAGCCCUAACCAGCAAUAGCUCUGACUGCGUUUGUGCUAUGAUAAAUCAUGCAGCUAGUGUUCUGGAGACAGACUUCAGAGAGGUAUUGGUGUGUAAGCUGCGAGCUGGAUAUCCAGUCAGCGCUCUGCAGGACCUGCAGCGUGGGGUCAGCAGUGCUGUCAGCCUGAUGCAGAGCAGCCUGCAACAAGGCAAAAUAACAAACCUAACACAGACGCUCGGCAUUGAGAGUCAGGAGCAAGCAAAGAGCGCCUACUUGGUGACUCUCAAUAAUGUGGAAGUCUGCAGUGAGAACAUCAGCACCCUGAAAAAAAAUCUAGAGAGUGAUUGUGCCAAGUUGUUCAGCCAAGGGGCAGGCUCUGAGCAUGCUAAAGCUAAGAUAGACAGCUGUCUGUCUGAUUUGGUGAACACCUCCAGCAGGUUUAAGGACCUCCUCCAGGAGGGUCUCCAGGAGCUUAAUAACACUGCCAUCAGACCACAAGUAAAACCCUGGAUCAGCAGCUUCCUGUCAGUCUCACACAAUAUUGAAGAGGAAGAGUUUAGUGAUUAUGAGGCCAAUGAUCCUUGGGUUCAGCAGCUUAUUGUACAGCUGGAGCAGCUCAUGGCUGAGUUUAAGGUUGGCCUGUCACCGAUCAUCUAUGAUACUUUAUCUAGCCUGAUGACGAGCCUUAUCGCCAUGGAGAUGGAAAAGACUGUCUUCAAAUGCACCUUUAGCAGGCUUGGUGGAUUGCAAUUCGAUAAGGAAUUGCGCUCUUUGGUUGCAUAUCUCUCCUCUGUCACCUCUUGGACCAUCAGAGAUAAAUUUGCCAGACUGACACAGAUGGCAACUAUUCUGAACUUAGAGAGGGUAUCCGAGAUUCUGGAUUAUUGGGGGCCCAACUCAGGGCCUUUGACUUGGCGUCUGACCCCGGCUGAGGUUCGGCAAGUCUUGGCCCUCAGGGUGGAUUUCCGCAGCGAGGAUAUAAAAAGAUUACGACUCUAACAAACUUCAACAUGACUUUUUAUGCAUACAAAAUGGAUAACUUGAGUCAAGAUGUUAUCUCUGAAUAUUGUACACAUGAAGAUUUGUCCUGUUUUAUACAUGUACAAAAUAAAUGAAAAACAAAUAUGUCCUUCA